UUGUUCCACUACACACCUUGUUCCAAAGAUAGCAAAGUACUGUAAUUUAAACCCAAGAAACGCUUGGCCGGCACGUUCUUUGCUUAGCCGCCCCCAAUACUUAACGCACUCAUUGCUCACUGUUCUCAACUCCGGCUCCGGCACAGACUAUCACUUUUCAUAGAUUGGCUACUAUCAAAUCGACGGAACUUUACUCAAUGGCUUUGCGGUUUGAGAUUCUUGGGAGGUUUAACCGCGCUCGUGCAGCUCAACUGACACUCCCUCACUUUGUGUGCCAGACACCUCUGUUUAUGCCCGUCGGUACACAAGGGACAAUCAAAGGUUUGGCAACUAACCAGCUUGAGGAGAUUGGUUGCCAAAUAAUACUUGGAAAUACUUAUCAUUUGGCACUUCGUCCUACUUCGGAACUAAUUGACGAGUUGGGGGGUCUCCACAAAUUUAUGAACUGGCCAAGAGCACUGCUUACUGACUCUGGUGGCUUUCAGAUGGUCUCAUUAUUACAUUUGGCUGACAUAACAGAAAAAGGUGUCACAUUUCAGUCACCUGUUGAUGGAAAGCCAAUGCUUCUAACACCCGAGGAAUCAAUUCAAAUCCAAAACAGAAUUGGAGCAGAUAUCAUUAUGGCUCUCGAUGAUGUUGUGAAAACCACCAUUACAGGCCCACGAAUUGAAGAGGCUAUGUAUCGCACUCUUCGUUGGAUAGACAGGUGUAUAGCAGCUCACAAGAGACCAAAUGAGCAGAAUUUAUUUGGUAUUGUGCAAGGUGGUUUAGAUCCCGUCUUAAGGGAUAUAUGUGUCAAAGGUUUGGUGGACCGGAAUUUACCUGGCUAUGCUAUUGGUGGUCUUGCAGGCGGUGAAGAUAAAGAUUCAUUUUGGCGUGUUGUUGCUCAGUGUACUGCUGCACUGCCUGAGGAUAAACCAAGAUAUGUCAUGGGCGUUGGCUAUCCACUGGAUAUUGUAGUUUGCAGUGCUUUGGGUGCUGACAUGUAUGACUGUGUCUAUCCUACCCGUACUGCUCGCUUUGGCACAGCUCUUGUUCCUGAGGGAGUUUUAAAACUUAAACACAAUGCAAUGGCCAAUGAUGUUCGUCCUAUUGAUCCUACCUGCACGUGUAUGGUCUGCAAAACCUAUACAAGGGCCUACAUCCAUUGCCUUGUUACAAAAGAUGCUAUGGGAUCUCAGCUUCUGUCUUAUCACAAUUUGUACUACAUGAUGAAGCUUAGCAGAGAUCUACACUUGUCGAUAAUACAUGGACGGUUUCCCGAGUUUGUAUGCGGAUUCCUGCUGAAAAUGUUUCCCAAAGGAAAUGUUCCUGAAUGGGUCUGCAAUGCCAUGGAGGUUGCUGGAAUUGAUAUUUCUUCGUGCUGUGCUCCAUUCUCGUCAGCUCAAGAUUAGUUUAGCAAAUACAGGACCCCAACAAAAUAUAUUUUUGAACAAGGAAAUUAUUUUACAGAUUUACUUGAAAGAGGUAGACAACAAUGCAGUUUGAAAAACUAGGGCAGCAUAUAUUUUGUAAGCCCAUAUGCUGCUUCACUAGGAAUUAUACCCGAUUGAGGUUUUGUGUCAAUUGAUUUGUAAUACACACAUUGCAAGAUAAUUUUUCCAUGUCAAUGAGAAGUUAUCCGAAAUGAUUUUUUUUUUAC